AUGUGCUUGGAAAACCAAGUUCACAAUAAUACUACAGGGAACAAUACAGUCACAUACAAUACCACUGUGACAAAUACCACGCAAGCAACAAAAAUUCACAGAACAGUCGUUCCUGAAGACCGUUCAGAAAAGCAACAUAUCACCAUGGGAUUAAUUUUAGCAUUGGCCAUAGUGGGACUGUUUUGCAUAGGGCUUAUCUUAGUGUAUAUUUACAGAAAACAUUUUGUCGUGCGAAAUAAUGACAGACAGGCAAGGCAAGGCAAUGAUACAGGCAAACAAAUUCAACCGGCAGUGACUGUAGCGAUGAAAAGUAUAAAAGCAAAAAGAGCAUCGUCUUUGCCAAUUGUAGCGCUUCAGGACAUGCUGAUUUUUAAUAGGCUACAUAGAUGUACGCAUCUUCAACGUCAGUAUUCGGCGCCUAACGUUGCAAAUAAAAACAGAAGAGGUGCCUCAUUCGAUGCCCCGCACUAUUGGGAAAUUCCGGACGCUCUCGUAGACUCCACCUACCAACCUGCCCCGGGAAAACUGGACGCCCCGCAUUAUUGGGAAAUUCCGGACGCCCUGGUUGACUUCGUCCCAACUUCGGACACCCCUCGGGAAAUUCCGGACGCUCUCGUGAACCCCACUCGCCAGCCGACAAAAGACGAACGUGACGAGGCCCACUAUUGGGAAAUCCCAGAUGCUGACACCAUUCCAUGCCCCCACUCCCCACUUCAAACAGUCUCAGACAAUACAACUAACAGUACACCAAGGCCACCAUCUCUUCAGCACCAGUACUGCAAUAUUCCAGAUGAAGAUGGUGAUUCUACCACCUUCUAUGCGUCAGCUGUAGGGGCAAAAUACUCUACUGUCACUAAGAGCGAAGAUAAUAGCCGACUGUACGAAGGCGUCGCCUCUAGAUCUACCGCAACGCCACAGACAGGCGACGGACAUUCUAUUCCGGCCACAUACGGAACUCGCGACUUCCAAACGGCCUCUGUGUUAGUUCCAGAUCCUGAAAACUAA